UCCUCCUCAUCAAAACUAAUCCACCACCCGGUGUUCAAAUCACAAACACAAGAACGUAUAUAUAUUACACAAUAUAUACGUUUCCGUGUAAUAUAUUACACACGCACACGAUGUCUAUCAAUCCCUACAUCACCUUCCUCGGGACUAUCUUCGUCCUCCUUGCCACCACCUCAAGCCAAAGCGUGGCAGCAUUGGGCCUUCCUCUCAUCGACCCAUGCACGGUGUCGGAUUUCCCAGCAUUGUGCAGAGGCACCAUCAAGGGUCAAACGAAUGUGAACGCGGCAACGGAUAUGGCCAUAAGGGAGCUGAUGAAACGUACGAGGCAAGCCAAAGAAAUCGCCGAGAAAGAGCUGAAACGUGAAGGAGGAGUCGCGACUUGUUUGUCCAACUUCAAUAGCGCGUUUGACAAUUUGGACAAGGCCCUUAAGAACAUUAAGGAGAAUGAUGCUUUUAGCCUUAACAUUAACCUUAGCGCUGCGUUGACAGACUACGAUUCUUGCAGCGACGCGAUGAAGGAGACUCGGGAGGUUAACGUCGUUUAUAAAUCCGCAGGAGUUUUGUACCAAAUGGCUGAUAAUUGCUUGGCGCUCUCUACCCUCGUUAAACAAUGAUCAAGAACUUGGAGAUUUCGAAGAAAAACAAGAAAACGUUAUUAUGGGUUUAUUUCUUUGUUAUUAUAUUUCUUUAAUUUAAUUUAAGUUCACUUAAAAACAA